AUGCGAGUAGCCGCCAUGGAAAAUUGGGGCUUAAUAAUCUGCCGCCAAAAGCACGUCUUCUAUAAUUCUCAGCUGUAUUCCCCUUCCGACCAACGCCAAAUUACGGACCUGCUGAGUCAUGAAGUCGCCCAUCAAUGGUUCGGAAAUCUGGUGACGAUGAAGUGGUGGAAUACUUUAUGGUUGAAUGAAGGAUUCGCGACAAUGAUUGGCAUGAAAGCCGCUGAUGAAGCGGAAAGGAUUACUGUACGAACGGACGAAGUUGCGGUAGAUUACAAUGCACGCAGUUACCGCUAUGACCAAUCGCGCCGCUCGAUGCCGUUGACAACUCCGUACGGUGUCAUCGUCAACCCUGAUAGCCAAUUCAACAUUAUUACCUACAAAAAGGCUGCUGGGUUGCUCCGCAUGUUCGAAUUCAUCGUCGGUGAAGAUAUUUUUCGCGAUGGUUUGAGAAAAUACAUAAAAAACCUUGAAUAUGGCAACGGGGAUCACGAGGAUUUGAUUGGAGCGCUGAGCAGCGUGCACGAUGCUGCCGAAACUCGUACACACCUCUUCGAACAAAACUUUUCGCUAGGCGAUGUGGUGGAAAAAUGGAUCCAUCAACGGGGGUUGCCAUUGAUUAAGCGUUUCAAAUCCAACGACACAACCCAAUGGAAGAUCCCGAUGUUUGUUAGAGAUCAAGAGACAAAUCGAACCGUUGUCAAGUGGCUUGUGGAAAAUGGGACAGUGGAGCUCGACUUGCGAAGAGAUCUGGUGCUCGAUCGCGAGGGCAGAAUGUACGGUAGAAUACGCUACGACGUGGAAACGUACGAUCGGAUAACCACGGCGCUACACGAAGAUCCCAAGGCCGUCCCAGUUUCGAGCAGAAUUCGCCUUCUUGAUGAUGGAUUUACGUUUGCUGAAAUUGGGGAGCUAUCGUUUGAGACGGUAUUCCGGUUGGCGUUAUAUUUACGAAAAGAGACCGAAUAUUUCCCCCUCCAAAUCACUGGCUCCCAUUUCGAAAUCAUGCUCGCCCGUUUUGUGCGUCGUACAGAAGUCAAGAUCGUACAGCUCUUCAUCCGCCACCUCUACCUUCCGCUCUUCCAAAAAUUCAUCGGCGAACCUGUCGGCGAAGAUGUGCCCAUAUUUCAGGACUCGCUCCGCGGUAUGGUAACAAUUAUCGUAUGCACGACCGGAUACGAACCUUGCAUCGAAUACGCCCGCAAAAUAUUCAAACAAACCAAGGAAGCCUGCGGAUCAAAGCCCCUCAGCGAUGUCGAUUGCAAUCAUAUCCCCCACUUCAUGCGCACCCCAAUCUACCAAACCGUCGUCCACUACGGCGGUGAUGAAGAAUUUGAAUACCUCUUCGAAAAAUGGACGAAUGAACAAUAUAUGAUGGAACGCGAUCGUAUCUUCUACGGCCUGGCGAAUAGCCCCAAAAAGGAGCAUCUUCAUCGGACCUGGAAAGCGGUGCUGUUCGAUUUUGGGCGGCGUGAAGAUGUGCGAUCGCGUUGCAGCUCGAUGAAACCCUCAUACCCAGAUCACUUCCAGAGCUUUGUCCUUGAGAAUGUCGAGCAGAUUGUGGCAAAGUCAGUUGUGGAAAAAUUU